AUGUUCAGUCGGAAGAGCGUGUCUGGGCAUGAUAGGCGUCUUGCGCGCGAGUGGCGCGACCGACAGAACGUGCUACCGGCGGGUGUGGUCAUCAAAAACUCGUUCAAUCACUCAAAGAUCGACCUUAAUACUGCACCGGUGAACACGCUGGCGGGAUUUGUGAAGAGAACAUCCGGGGCACUACGGGCAGCCAGGGGCAAGACGGGGGGCAGGAAGAGGAAGCGGAAUGCAGAAGUCGAGCCAGUGUCAAUAAUGCAGACAUCCCCAGGUGGCUAUACCCCGCCUUAUACUUUCCCCUAUACAGUCAACUUACAGCUCUCCCUACCAGUUCUGAACCCGGCAAUAUCCUCGCACCAAGACCUACCUUCCUCAUGCUUCACAGACUACCACCAAACCAUGAGAACCACUCAUAAAUGGCUUCUUCCCAGCGGAAAGCAUCUAGAGGAUAUCCUCUAUGAUAACUACAAAGACUCAGUGGUCGUGCUCGCGGUGCACUCAUGUGUUGUUGACACUGGCGAUACCAGUGUGGAAUCCUGCUUCAAUGAUGAGGAUUGGAAGGCCAUUUGCGAGCAGGUAACGCCGCUACCAGAGGCGGAUAGAGUCCUGGUGGAGUCAAUGCGGCGGUUUAUGGGGCUCCAAGAUGCCGCCAACCUCCGUGAGGCGGUGUAUAGCACGUCCUUCCUGAAAUCUGGUGAAGCUUUCGACGCGGAUAAACACCAAGGCCCCGCAUGGGUCGACCUUGUGAUGCGUUCAUUCCUUGACUUGUACGAAAACCCCACACUCUUCGACAAGUACGACAACUCCGAGAACUGGUACACUGUCUACAUCUGGUCCUCUCUCUUUGAUCGAUCCAUGCCCACCCUCCCCGGCAGCCGCAUCAGCCGAGGCGAAUCAGCUUCCACCUCAGCCGCCGAGCGCAAGAACCGCGACCCCACAAAGCGCAAGCGCCCUGGUCACCUCUACGGCGGUGUCCUCCACAUUGACUACCAUGAAGCAGGCGUAAUGGAGCAUUCCAAAUGUUUCAUAACCGAGACGCCACGUAAGUGGGUCGCGGACCGUUUGAAGGUGGUCAAGGUGCUACACGAUAUGCUUUAUGAUCUUGAGACUCGUGUUAACAACAAUCCCGAGAUUCUAAGGCUGUUACCGGUGGUGGGGCUCGUGUCGGCAGUCCCGACCAUGGUGGCAGACUAUGAGCCGCUGUUUGCGAUCUUGGUGAGCUUCUGGAGACAUAGGACACUCAUGCAUGGCUUCAAGGCAAUCGUGACAUGCAGAGCUGCCACUAGUGAGGACUUGGUCGCUAGGCUGAUGAAUGCAGGCUCGGGGGUGCUGAAGAGGGAGCAUGUGCUGCCGAGCUCCGUGGAGACAGACGGGGAAUGA